AAAAAUUAGAGUGCUCAGGUAGCGAGAUUUUAUUAUUAGGUUUGCUUUUCAACCUCGAGGGCCGUCCUUCCGUAAGGAUCUCGCCUGAAAGGGCUGAGUUGUACAGGAAACUUAUUGUAAAGAGAUUGGAGUCAGGGAGGCUUUCGCAAAGCCAGGCGGCCGAGCUGUGCGGGCGUUUAAGUUUUUCUUUUUGUGCAGUUUG